UCGUCACUCGUCAAGCCAGAAAGCUUUCUAUUUUCUAAUUUUAAUUUCCUUCAUGAUUCUAUUCCAUUCAAAUAAUUUUCAUUGCAUGUUAUCAUAGUGAACCAUGGAUUACUUCACAGUAAUAUAAUAAAUUAUUAUUUAAAUGGCUUCUUCAGUGCAAAAUAAUAGAGUGUCAAAGGGAUAUUGUGCAUGUAUUCGAACGUGCAAUAUGUGGUGUUGGAGAGCAUUCAAGUGGCUUCCAGUUUUGUUGAUCGUUUCGAUUUUGUCAUGGUCUUACUAUGCUUAUGUACUACAGUUAUGCAUAUUUACAAUUGAGAGCACUGUACAGCAGUGUGUGUAUCUUAUUUUAUACCAUAUAUUGCUUAUAAUGUUGGCUUGGUCUUAUUGGAGAACUGUAUUUGCAGAUAUUAAGCCAAUUCCGGAUAAGUAUAAGUUACCUGAAGAAGAAUUAGAAAAAUUAUUGAGUUCUGACACAGAGGAAUCACAAAGAAUAAUAUUGGAAAAUUUCGCAAAAGAUCUUCCUAUUGUCACGAGAACUAUGUCGGGCUCUGUGCGGUACUGCAACCGUUGCGUUCUAGUUAAGCCAGACCGUGCGCACCAUUGCAGCAUCUGUUCUCGGUGCGUGCUGAAGAUGGACCAUCACUGCCCCUGGGUCAAUAACUGCGUGUGUUACCAUAACUACAAGUUCUUCAUGCUCUUCCUUGGCUACGCGUUGGUGUACUGUAUCUUCGUAAUGGCGACUUGCCUGCCAUAUUUCGUUAAGUUCUGGAAGGGUGACUUUAGUUCGUCGAGCAGCGCCGGUAGAUAUCACAUCGUGUUUGCUUUCUUCGUAGCGCUCAUGUUCGCUAUCUCGCUGGGAUCGCUCUUUGGCUAUCAUUGCUACUUAACUGCAAACAACAGGACAACGCUCGAGGCUUUUCGUGCGCCCAUGUUUCGGGGGGGUUCUGACAAAAAUGGCUUCUCGCUGGGAGUUUUCAACAACUUUAAGGAGGUGUUUGGAAACAGCCCUAAUUUGUGGCUGGUGCCGGUGUUUACCAGCUUUGGCGAUGGCAUCGUGUACCCGCGCCCCCCGCAGAGUGAGGACACGGAAUCCUUACUCAGCUCGGAGCGCUGGGACCGUUGGAGCGGCCGGGCCAGGCCCUUCGACGAGAUCGAGAGUUCCUCCUACGAUGAGCUCUGAGUGUAGGGAUGGUCGCGGUUACGGAAUGAAGGCUUGCUCUACUAUGUCUAGACUCUAAGUAUGAAGUACACGUUUACCAGGUGGAUAUUUUGAAAAUACCGCAGACACCCAAAAGACGGCAACGAUCGGCUCUCCUGUAAUAAUAAGAGAGGGGACCCGAAUGCUUAUCUUUUCUUCUUUGCCCAAAAAACUAUUCACUAUAAACCAAUCACAUAUUUUUUCUGGACUGUUAUUAAAAAGGCAAUAGAUAUAAUAUAUUUCACGUAGUUUUUAGCUACUUAAGCCGACACUCCUAUGUCAGCGAUGGUUACUUUUGCUCAGAUAACCUAACUCGUUUGUCCUCGUAUAUCGUACAUAUUACUAUGGAAAUCAUAAUAAAAGAAUUAUUCAAGGUUUAGUUAUUAACGUUACUUUCUAAUAGAUUUUGAGUAGUAUAGAAUCUAAUAAUUUGUUAUAACUGUCUAUAUGUUUGUUUUCGUAAUUUUAGUAGAAUUUGACUAUUUGACAGAUUUCUUAUUGUAUUAUACACAGGGUGACAUGUAAACCUAGGUUUAUCUCAUAGAAUACCUAUAUUUAUUCUCGUUUUCAUUAUCGUAGGAUAUAUAUAUAUAUAUAUUAUUAACAUCAAAAGUUCACGUACAUAUGUUUAAUAAUUUUAAUUAUAUACAUGCUAAGGUAUUUUAUUAUUAUAAUUCAUACAAAAAUAUAUUUUAAACUUGUUGGACAUAACGCUGACAAUAAAGUUAGUAAACCAAUCUUUUAUACAAUAUACAUACAUAUCGGACUGAUCAGAUUGCCAAGAGUUUGUAAAAUAUGAUUUUAAUGCAGUGUUUCUAAACUCAUUACAAAUUACAGUCCACUUAUUAUAUUUUUUAUAAUUUUGUGACGCGCCCUUUGUGUUACAACCUUCGACAGCAGGGGCUUGACUUGUACAACGAAAAUGUCUAUGAAAUAUUCAACGAAAGUCAAUUGUAAUUUGGUAUUGUAGAAAGUUUUAAGUUGUCUUGAUGUUAUAACUAGUAUACAGUGUAAAGCGAUCUCUGUCACACUUAGAGGUCUUACAGACGCCAUAUCAUCGCAUUUCGAAAUUGGUUCUCCUUCUUACUCUAUUAUAAAAAGUAUAUUUUAGAGUGCAAAGUACUUUGUCGUGUCUAAUAUCAAUAACUAAAGCAAGCCAAUCCGUAACGCGACCAAUCCUAAUAUAAAUUAAUGACAUUCGCUGCUGUAAGUACCUAUAUGAUAUUAUAUAUAAAUUUAAAAAGUGCGGGUAGUUUUAAAUAAUUAAUGUAAUUAAAGUGCUUAUUGUCCUCUUAAAUGAAUUAAUAAUAUAAAAUGGAUUCGGAGUAGAAAUAAUUUGAAUAGAUAAACAGAACAUAGCUAGCUAUGUUAUGGUGAACAUUUAUGUACGGAAAUAUCUUAAAAUGUAUUUCUAAAAUUUGUACGGAUUCAAUAAUUUUUAAAGUGACGCAAUUGUAAUCUUCGCCUUGUCGCUUUGAAUUUAUAUUUCUACUUAACAAUAUCUUAUGUGUUUUAAAUAUAUCCAGUAUUACAACAUAUAGGUACCUUUUCUGUUAAUAGAUCAUAAAACAGUAUCCCCCUUAUUCAUAAUAGUCUGCUAACUUAAAGCAUUGCUAAUUCUCACUCUGUCUUCUUCUAUUGACCUAAGUCAGAAUGAGAAAAAACACUCAUUAGCGGAUGUUUAAAGUUAGCGGACCAUUAUGAAUAAGGGGGUAAGUAUUAUAAUAGUUAUUUAUUCUAAUAACCCGAGUAUCGAAGAUUUACUUUUUAUAGGAUUAAAACGCGUGUUACAAUAACUGUUUACGUUAAAGUUAUUUUUUAAUAUAUUAUAUUAUAUUACUAUAAUUAUCGUACCUUAUACAAAUAGUUAUUAAUGAAUUACCUAGUCUAGCCAUAAUUACCUAUUGUUAGAAUGAAGACAUCAUUUAUAUUUAGAUGAAAUGAAUCACAUACACAUCUUUUUGUCUUUACAAUGAAGAGAGUUUCACUUAAGUACGCUAGUGUUAUCAAACAGUAUUUUAUGUUCAUACAAACGACCCUAACGCAAUUUAUACCUACGUGGCUCGAGUUCGGUAGGCAUUCGGUACACCAAACAGACGCGAAUGCGCCGGAGUAACCAAACGGUUUUACAUUUCGUUUAUACGAAAAUUUCGUCUAGCUAUAUUUAUUUGACUACCAAAAAUACUAAAUGAAUUUUUUAUGACAAUAAGGGACGAGACGAGCAAGACGUUCCGCUGAUGGUUAUUCAUACGGACGUAUGUAUACCUACGUAUAUGCUUAUUACAAUGCAGUGCCGCUCAGGAUUCUUGAAAAACCCAAAAACUCUGAGCAGCACUACAAUAAUUGCGCUCGUCGCCUUGAGACAAAUGGUAAGACUCAUUUGCAUAGUAAUGUCACUAGCUACGGCGCCCUUACACAUUACUGCUUCACGGCAGAAAUAGGCGUCGUUGUGGUACCAAUAAUCUGGCCAGCAUCCUGUGCAAAGGAGGUAAUUGGUAAUAUAUAUAAUUAUCAUAGGUACCAUUUUAGAUUUUCAUUUGAUGAUUUUGUUCAAUAGAGAAUAACAAAAAAAUCAAGGCCCUUAAUAGGUUCCAAGUAAUAUUAAUAUUUAAGUUCAAUUUAUUCAACCGUCACAUUGAAAUGUAAAACAUACCUUUGACGAUGGCUGCAUGGCUCUGCCUUUGCCUUUCCCAUUAAUAGGAAGAAGAAAUAAAUAAAAAUUAAAUGUUAACAUAAUAUUAGGUAUAAAUUGUAACAAUAUUUAUGGCCAGACUAUGUAAAAUGUGCAUAAUGGAAUAUUUUACAAUGGCAGUUAAUGAAAUAGGUGAAUUUAGAUAGAGACUAAAAUUAGAAUGGUGGAUAUUGUACGUUGUAGGUUAAGAUUAUUAAGACUGUUGUGUAUUUAAAGCAAAAUGUAAAUUAAUAAUACGCAGUAAUAAAUUGUUACUAAUUAUAAAUAAAUGGUUACAUUCCAUUAAUAUACAGAUAUGUACUUAAUAUAAAUGUUGCCUUUUAUAUCAUUUUAAGCAAUAUUUUAAUCAAAUCAAUUGACAGUUCAUUGAUUAUGUCAUAGAGUAUAGACUAUAAUAAUAUUCCGAUUUGACAAAGUGAAAAACAAUAAAAAUUAGUAUAAAAUAGUGCGCGUUACUCAUAUAUAAUGUAUAGACACGUGUGGAUGAAAAAGCUGUUUUUUGGCAAAUAUUCAAAAUUUUAAUGUGCUGAUAAUUUAUAAAAAAAAAUUACAGGGCUCUUAAAAAAGCCGCCAGACAACACGAAGCACACAGAACUAAUAAGCCCGAAGGUGAUCUUGUCCAACUGUUUUUAUAACAGUUCCAACGAUUGUUGGAGAAUACAUCACUUAAUGGUGACCUGCGGGCCUACCAUGAAGUCUUAUUGCUAUUCAAUUGACUACCUAAAAUGAACUGCUUUGCUAUUUCGUACCACGACGUCAUUAGUGCUAUCUAUUUUAGGUUGACGUCAAAUCAAGAAAUUCAAUCGCAAACUGAUUUAGUUCGUUCAUUCAUUCGUACCAUGAGGUAAUAUUUCAACCUAAACUAAAUAGCUUAUGUGUCAAAGUGAGCGAUUCGAAAAAAGUUGCUAUUUCCAUAGAGGAAAGUGAAUCGUGUUGUUAAUAAACUUUAAAAAAUAGUGGAAAUAUACAGAAAAGGAAAAUUUUAUUGAUGAAAGAUGAGAUGAGAAUACUUUAUUGGAUUUGUAAAACAAAAUGAUCAUUAAAAUACUAAAGAAGAGGCAGUAAGGGCCCGGGCUAUAGCCUGUUGGCAAGAACGAAUUUAAAAAAAUGUACUCUGCUCACUGUUCCUGUCAAAUCAAACAUCAAUGGAGAUGCGUUCAUAUUUCAUAACUCAUUAUUUGUACGAAAACACCUAAACAAACAUUUAAUUUGAGUGUAAAAGGCACUUCAUGGUACGAAUUUUAGCAGAACGAUGCAGUUCAGAUUAGAUACCUAAACUGAACUGCAUCGGAAUCGCAUCGCUAAUUAAAAGUUGAUGGUAGGCCUUCUGGUCUUUUGUAUGGGAAUGCAGAUAUUUUCUGUAUCUGUAUCCGAAGAGUAGACUGAACAUGUAACGUCAACAACAUUUAUUAUAUAUAUAUAUAUAUAUAUAUAUAUAUUUUUAUAUACCCACUUUGCAGAUAAUUCUUUUAUAUUUGCACGAAAAAUAUUGUAUGACAGUUGGUGGAUUGUCAGUGUCUAAUAAAAUGAUAACUGUUAUGUAAUUAGGAAACGUUUGUUCAAGAAAUUUCGACCUAUUUAAUUAUUAAGACUGUAGUAAAAGUACAUUAAGGUAGGUUCACAAUUCAAUUUUGUCGAUAGUACCAUUCAGUCAUAGCAAAAAAAAAAUAGUUAUUGUGAGUGAUUUCAGGAAAAUUUUAAGUGCCUAUAUAGACGUAUAUUGCUCGAAAUAUGUAUCAUAUUUCAAUUGUUUUUCGAAUAUAUCUGUGUGGAACUAGUAAUUAAUGUUGGGCAGCGAACCACUGUUUAUAAAAUGUUAGGACUGUGACAUUAAAGUUAGUGUUUAUCUUUAGUGUUAUGUAAGUACAUUAAUUAACUUGGUUGGAGAUGCCCAAUUGUUGUUACGGGGUUUCAUGUUCCAUCAAGCCCUAUGGGUAUUCGUUAAUAUGUAAAAGUACAUAAAAAAACUUGACAUGUCAUUUCAUUCAGUGAGUUGCGAAAUGUCCGACCAUGGUAUAUGGGAAUUGUAGGUGUAGGUAAGUUAGUUGGAAUUAUUGCGGUGACAGAGUUUGUAUACUCAAGUGUAGAAUGAAAUCUUGUGUCAUAUUGACAGAUGUCAAAACGACGCAAGAUUAAUGCAAUACAAUUGUAGGGGAUGCCAAACAUAAACUUACAUACUUACCUAAUUGGUGUUACAAUAUAGGCGAGUCAUGGUCCCAUACAAAUUUGACGGUUUUGAGGUUGUUUCUGGAAACUUUGUUUAAUCUGUUUUUCUUACCAUCUGUGCCCCGUGUUGUUUUUAGUCAGACACUUUGCGGUAAGCUAGCUAGGACUUUUUUCUAUUAUAAUAGUAUUUAAAAGGACCACAUGGUAGUAACCUGGUCAAUAAUAUGAUUAAUUUUGGUACCUACUGAUAUUUAAUAUUUGCACAAGAUGUGUUGUCAGUAUGGAGUUUGGCUUCUUUAAUAAUAAAAAAAAUCUUCUUUAAAAAGAGAACCUAUUUGGUUUAGACACGGUCAUAUUUUGGUAUUACAUACCAUUGAUUGAAAAUUAAAUUUAGUAUGAUCGUGUAGUCAUUUGACAUAAGUUUGAAUAGAAAUUUCCAUAAUCGACGAACUAUAAUCCGGCUAAGAUUGAAAGCGAACAGCUGCUUAAAACGAUUUCGUCUAUGUUCGUUUUUUACAAGAUUAUAACCGUCAUAUAUUAAUCUAUCAAUGACUGCACGUUUCAUAUAAUCGAGUGAAUCGCUUUUUCUUAGAGCAAUUUGAUCAGCGAGCGAAACUAAUGCGGUAGUGAACAGGGAAAUAAUUUGUAUUCUAAUGCGCGACGACUGCAAAUAAUGCCUUCGCCGCUAACAAAUAAAAAAAAAUUGUCACCAAGCAGUAUAGAAAGCGAGGUAGGAUAAUUUAAUACCAUUGAUCUCUACUAUAUACCACUGGACUGGCGGCUGUCAAAGUGCUUUUGUGCCUGUUUGAUAUUCGCCAUUUUGGCGCUGUUGGCCAUGUAGCGAGAGUCUGCGGUACUAAAACUAGUGAUGACAACCUCAGCAAACAUCGAUAGAUGGUUGGAAACUAUUUACAAAAAUAAUUGUGUGCUUUAUUACGUUGAUUCUUGAAGUAUAUAACACGGGAAACGAACGAAAUUAAUUCAAAAUGUAAAAAUUCAUCAAAGUACGUUUCUUCGCAGCCAAUUGUAUUAUACGUCAAAAUUAGUUCUCUGGACGCUCGCGAGUGGCGCUUUUUGCGUCUAUUUAGGCAUAAAAAAUUUGCUGUCAAACUUAAGGAACAGCCUGUCCAGUGGUAUAUAUACAGGUCAGUGUUUAAUGCAGAUAGAUAAUUUACUUAACUAUUUAUAUAGAUAUAAUCUACACAUGUCGUAUGCUUUAUAGUUUAUUUGAGCUUAGCUUUUAUUACAGUACCUAUGUGUAUAAAUAGUAUUCUUUAGUAGAGAUUGUUUUGAACUUUGACCUAUGAUCUACUUCUGUCGUUAAAUUUUAUUGAUUUUCAACCCCACAAAAUCACACUGCUACCGCCACACGGGAGAUAGUGCACCACAUAGCAAAAGUCCGAAAAAAUCUCUAUUAAGUUACCGUACUAGUCUUAAAUAUAAUAAUAGCAUUUUUACUGAAAUACUGCCUUGCAAGCUUUGGAUGACGUCACUGGGAAUCACUGAAUGGAUUUAUCAAAGCUGUGUAUUAUAAUAAUGUACUUAUAAUAAUUGUUUUAUUAACCUAAAUGAGAUGUAUGAGUAGGUGUAUGAAUUUUAUAGCUAAUUUAUAAACAUGACGCAAAAACAUA